AUGUCUGCAACAGACGAAAUAAACAAUAAAAGUGAUUUAAAUAAAAACAAAAAACCGGAUUUACCAAGAUUUUAUGUUGCAAAAGGUAAAUAUUCUUCACGUUUGAAUAAAGAACAACAACAACAACAACAAGAGUCAAAUAACAGUAAUAAUAACAGCUUUGGUAAUUUUUCUUCAAACCAAACAGCAAAACUAAAUAAUAUCAAACCAGCACAACAACAAUCAGCCAAGAAUAAGAUUAGCAAUGAACAACGUCAAUCAUCCUAUAAUCACAAGAAUCCCGGUAAUUACUCUUACGGCUCACAUUAUGAUAAUUAUACUCACAGUAACAAUAAUGCAGAUUAUUAUGGAGAUUAUAAUCAACGUUCCUAUCACGAACGUUAUCAGAACGAUUAUUAUGAUUCAUACUAUGAUUAUCACAACGAAAAUUAUCAAAAACAGCAACCACAACAACAACAACGAAGGCCACAUACAGCAAAAGGUCAUGAUAACAUGACACAUAACCCUCCACACGAUAAAAAUAAACAAAAUGUUAAUAACAAAAAAAAUUUAGCAAACAACAGAAACACAACAGUAUCAACAACAAAACAAUUAACAUCAUCUUUAACUGAAUUAAAUCACCGUGAGGAAUGUAUUCCUAAAAAGAGUGAUAAUAAAUUUAAUGAGAAAACAGGUGAAGAAAUCAAAAGAGAAUCAACAAGUGAUAAUCAGAUAGAAGAUGCUCUUAACAACGAAAAUAUGACAUUUGAAAAUAAACGAUUAUUGGAAAUGACACCAUCUCCGCCUCUAUCAACGACGAAACAAGAUAAUAAUGAAAGAACUAAUGACACUAGUAUUUCUCAAUCUCAAAUCUCUGAUCAAAAACAAAAGAGUACACACGAUGAUAGAAUCAAUGAAGUGUUGGAAGCAUCAUCGGCUGGAGAUGUUUUAAAAUUAUCAAAUUCACAUCAUCGUGGCAUAUUAUUUAUUAAUAAAGAUGAAAAAAUAGCAUCGAAUCAUGUUGAAAAGAGUGAUGAUAACAAGAACGUGCAUCAAACGGUAAGUGAUCAAACAUUAUCGCGUUCAUCACAGAAUGAAACAUUGAAACAACAACAAUACUAUAAUCAAAAUCGUAAACAUCAACAACAUCAUCAAAAUGAAAAAAAAUUGUCGACACAACAAUCUAUAAGAGGCUUGACAAAUAUUACAAGAAAAUUAUACGAUCCAAAUGCACCGUUAGAUCAUAUUGUGAAAUCAUCAUCGAUACAUUCUUUCGAUACUGAUACACCGCCAGUACGAUCAAAACAAACAUUUCAAAAAAUUCCAGCAAAUCCUCUGUUACUUUCAAAUGUUCAACAACUUCAACAUCAUCCACCUCCACCUCAAUCUGCGCCACCCACACUAUCAACAUUGAAACAAAUGCAAGAAUUUUAUCAACACUAUCAGUCACAAUUCUUUAACUAUGACCUGUGGCAUCAGACGUACGGACAAAUUAAUAAUGAAACUUGUAUGCAAGCCGUUCAAGCAAUUCAAUUCCGUAAACAGGCCUACGAUUAUUGGAUGUCACAAAUACAAAAUAUGGAACGAUCUUUAUCAAUUUAUUUGAAAAAUUCUCCAUAUAUGGAAGCAAAUUUUCCACGAAUGAUGGAAGCAAAAACUGCUUUACAACAAGCCUAUGUUCAUGCGAUGAUGACAGAUAUUGAAACAUCACUAACACGAAAUUUAGAUGCAACAUUAUGGAAAUGUUGUUUUCACGAUGUCAUUGAGAUAUUUCGACAUAUUGAACCAGAUAAAAGUUCGGCAAGUGGAAACAUAAAAGCGAUGAUACGUACAAUUAUUGAUGAUGGUGAAAAAUUUUUCUUAGCAUUUAUUCGACAGUUGGAAUCGGCAUUUGGUUUAGAUACAAGGUUAUACUUUAAUCCAAAUAUAUAUCCACCAGAAAUAACAAAUGUGUACAUGAAAUAUGCAUUGUUAUGCGCACAACAUUGUUAUUUGAAUAUGGGCGAUUUAGCAAGGUAUAAAGAAAAUAACAUGAAUGGAAAUGAUUAUUCACAAGCAAGAAAAUACUAUUUGAAUGCAAGAUCAUUAUAUCCAAAAAAUGGCAAAGCAUACAAGCAAUUGGCUAUAUUGGCUUGUAUUACGCAUCGUCGGCUAGACUGUGUUUAUUAUUAUGUUCGUGCAUUAGCUACAACAACCACCAUUCAAACAGACAAUAUCAGACAAAGUUUAAUGUCGUUAUUUGACGAAGCCAGACGACGACUUGAUAUGUUUGAGAAAGAUUUGUCAAAAGAUAUGAAAGAUCGUGAAAAGAAAAAUGAACGAAAAAUUCGUUCAGGUAAUCAAAAAUUAGAAAUAUGGAAACGGACGGAUGGCAGUGUUUGUGGAACAAGUACAGAUGAAAAUAAUUCAACAACUAACAACAAUGGAUUUGACACAUCAGUUUCGCAGCAAGAACUAAACCGUUGGUUUAUGUUAAACUAUAUAACUGUUCAUGGAAAACUAUUCACUAGAACUGGUAUGGAAACCUAUACGGAAUAUUGUUCAAAGAUGUUGCAUCAAUUUCAAUCGUUAUUGCGCUAUGAUCCAUCGCCUUUGGGUAAACAACAACUUGUUCAAAUAAUGGGCAUAAAUAUGUAUCAGAUUGACGUUGCUAAGCAAAUGAAAGUAAAACCUAAUGUGAUCGUACGUUCACAAUUUGAAGAAUCUUCGUUGCAAUUAGCAUUGGAUAUGUUUGGAAUUUUAACCGAAGAAACGUCAAAAAUGUUGGAUCGCUAUAUGAAAAUAAAACCCACAAAUCAGUCUUUACCAAUAUUAAAUUCUUGGUUACAACAAGUGUUUCCUGCGUUGAAAGUGUUUACUGAUUGGAUGACAUGUCAUUCUUCUGUUUGGCUGCCGUUACCGGAUCAAUUACCUAUCGAAUAUGGUCCACAUCCAGACAUAUUGACAUCAUUAGCGAAAAUCAUUAAUCAUAUUAGAAAUAUAGAUCGUUCUCACAUACAACUUGGCUCUCAAAUGAAUGAUGGAAUACCAGUUAUUUUAGAAGAAGACGUUGAAUUAAGUGGUUUUGUGCCAUUGAUGACAUUACCAGUCGAUAAUGUACAAACGAUAGCAGAUACACCUCUAGAUGAAGCAAAAAAUUCAAAACGAGUUGGACGUUUAUGUUUCGUUGCCGACUUUUUUUGUGGAUUAGAACCGCCGGUAUUUAUUUAUGAUGUGCGAAAUAAAACAUAUCAUUCUGUAUUAAAAUCACAAAUUCAUUCAGAAAGAAGUACAAAUCCAAUUCAGAAUGUAUCCAGCGAUCAAGAUGGAAAUGACGUGGCUCCAUUAUUAUCACAAUUAGUUGAACCAGGUUCACCUGAUUCUUUGUCCGACAAUAUGAAUGAGUUAAAACGAAAGAAACGUCAAUUAGAAAAUCAAUUAGCUGAGAAAAAGAAACAGGAACAAGUUGUAAAAGACAUAUUGAACACAUCCCGUUUAAUUGAAAUAGAAGUUGUGCCAAGAUUUCUUGUAUUAGAUACGAACUGUUUCAUUAAUUAUUUACCAAAAAUUCAAAAAUUAAUCAAACAGGCUAAAUUUACUAUUAUCAUUCCACUCGUUGUCAUUUGUGAAUUAGACAAACUAUCAGUAUCAACAAAUGCUGAUGAUGAUUCGUAUGAACAUGCCGAAAUGGUUCGUCGACAGGCUAUAUUGGCUGUUAAGUUAAUUGAAGAAUGUUUUGAGCAAAAAGAAAAACGUGUUCAAGCAAUGACCGGUGAAGGAAACAUUAUGGAUUCAAUACAAUUUCGAAAUGAAAUAAAGAAAAACGAAUCAAAUGAUGAUAUAAUACUUGGAUGUUGUCUGAAAUACUGCAAAGAUAAUCCACGAGAAUUUUUUCCACAAAAUAAAGACGAGGCUAUACGUUUACAUCGUGAUGUUGUACUAGUAACAGAUGAUCGAAAUCUAAGACUAAAAGCACAAGCAAGAAAUGUUCCGGUUAAAGAUUUUCCAAAAUUUAUUCAAUUAGUACAAAUAACACUUUAA